AUGGAUUCGAGCAGGAGAGCGGUGGAGUCGUACUGGAGAUCGAAGAUGGUCGAUGCAGCAACCUCCGAUGAAGACAAGGUAGCACCCGUUUACAAGUUGGAAGAGAUUUGUGAGCUCUUGCGGGCUUCUCAUGUCAGUAUCGUUAAAGAGAUGUCAGAAUUUAUCUUGAAGCGGCUUGAACAUAAGAGCCCCAUUGUUAAACAAAAGGCUCUGAGGUUGAUAAAAUAUGCUGUUGGAAAGUCUGGUGUGGAGUUCAGGAGGGAAAUGCAAAGACAUUCGGCUGCUGUACGUCAGUUAUUUCAUUACAGGGGUCAGACGGAUCCUUUAAAGGGGGAUGCCCUUAAUAAGGCUGUGAGGGACACUGCUCAUGAGGCUAUCUCUGCUAUUUUUUCAGAGGAGAAUAAGCCAGCAACUACUGAAGAUCUUAACAAACGGAUUGAAGGAUUUGGGAAUACAAAUUUUGAAAUGCCAUCGGAAGAUAAGAAAUCGUUUCUUAGUGAAGUAGUUGGUAUUGGAAGUGCAUCUAUUAAGCAGGGACUUAGUAGCUUCACACAAGGCCAUUCAUUACGGAAGAAUGACAAUGGAAGCUACAAAAGUCCUAAUCUUCGAAAGUCAUUGACCAUAGAAAAUGACCACUCAGAUAGAUAUGAACCAGUUCAGUUACGGGUUGAAACUCAGAGUAGUUUUGGAGCUUCAAAGAGUGCAACUAGUGGACCUUGGAUCCAAGACAAUCGGGGCUUAAAUGCAGAGACAAAAAAUGGGGGAUCUAUUUCAAGUUUUAGAGAGAGCAAGACUCGUGAGGAGAGGUUAUUGGAGACUGUUGUGACAUCUGGUGGUGUACGUCUGCAGCCUACUCGGGAUUGUAUUCAGGCUUUUCUAGUAGAGGCAGCAAAGUUCGAUGCACUGGCCCUAAGUCAUGCCCUUGAAUCUAAGCUCCAGUCUCCUGUGUGGCAGGUACGCAUGAAAGCUGUGUGUGUGCUCGAUGCAAUCCUAAGGAAAAGGGAUGAUGAGCAAUUUUCAAUUGUAGCUUCAUACUUUAGUGAGAAUAAAGAUCUUGUCAUCAGAUGUACUGAGUCUCCUCAAUCUUCUCUGAGGGAAAAAUCUACCAAGGUAUUGAACCUUUUGGGUGGGGAGCAGGCAGGCGGCUUGAUGGGAAAUUCGGAAAAGUCGGUCAAGGCUGAGACCACUUCAUUUCAGAUGCCUGACUUAAUAGACACUGGAGAUUCAAAUGAUUUAUUUGAAACAAAUGAUUCUAGACAGGAGCCAAUUGAUCACAACACAGCAAAUCUGACAACAUCUACAAGUCAUUUAAUUGAUGAUCUAUUUGGAGAUAGUUAUGGUGAUGGUGGGAACUCCAGGGAACAAAAAACUGAUGAUGAUCCCUUCGCAGAUGUUUCAUUCCACACUAGCGAGAGUAGAGAACAUGUGGAUGAUCUCUUUUCUGGGUUGACCUUUGACAGUAAACCAGGAACUAAUGAGAAUCAUAUGACAACUAAAAAUGGACCAGAGCCAUUUGAUAUUUUUGGGUCAAAUUCUGAAAUAACCAAGGAUCAAGGAGUUAGUAAAGCGGACGUUGAUGAUUUAAUGGCUGGUAUGUCCAUCACUGAAAAUGUUCCGAAGAUGAAUCAACCAGGAACCACUUCUGGGGCGUCCAUCAAUGAAAAUUUUCUUAAGAUGAAUCAACCGGGAGCUACUUCUGGGGUGCUCCCAGAAAGUAUCUUCACAGAUUCAAAUAAUCAUUCUGGACAUCAGCCAUCAAAUGAUGCUUUAACUAGCAUGCUUGGCUCUCAAGUAACUGGGAUGAAUGCAAAUUCAAUGUUUCCUUCUGGUAACAUGCCAUAUACUGUACCUCCUGGCAUUAUAUUGAAUCCUGCAUUUUAUACUCAGCCUGUGAAUUAUGGUCCUAUGGGAAAUUUUCUUGCUCAUCAGCAAUUUCUGGCUACAAUGUCCAACUUCCAACACUUAAGUAACCUCAAUGCACAAAAUCCUGGGGUUAGUCUUGCAGUUGGCACUGAUGGAGUCGGAUAUUCUAAGGCGCUUCCUGAUGUUUUCCAAUCAAAUUAUCCAAAUCAAGCUCCUAGUUCAUUGAUGAACAACUCAAAGAAAGAGGAAACCAAAGCAUUUGAUUUUAUUUCGGACCAUCUUGCAGCAGCACGUGAUCCAAAGAGGGUAGCUUAAAUAUUUGAACUUCAUAUGCUUCACCUUGCUGGGCCUCCUUGGUGUUUGGUUCGCUGGUUUAUUUAUUGAAGUGGAUGGAUGGAUGGAUGGAUGGAUUGAAACAGGCCAACAUUAAUCACAAUGGUUAACUAUAAAUAUGGUGGCAGUUUCCAUGAAAAUAUGAUAGGAAGUACUGAAGAUGUGGGGAGAUCACGGAACUAGAUUCUGUAUUUGAGGUUAUCUGAGAGAUAUUGUUUUCUAGUGUGUUGAUUCAGCAAAGCAGACAUUAAUUGUAUGUUUCCCCCUCCUGGAUUUGUAAAGCUUUUUUUUCUUCUCUCUUCCUUUUUUUUUCCCUGAGCAUGUGUUAUUGUAUUUCCCCACACUCACAGGAAUGCUUGCGGUACAUGCAUUUGAACAUAGUUAAUAAAGUGACCAUGUUUGUUCC